CCCCGCCGCCGAGAGUGGGGGCGGCGGGGUACGCGCGCUGCCUCGCUCUCCAGUACACACCGAAUCGCCGCUGAGGCGCCAAGUAUCGCCGCGAGUGACACGUACGGACUGAUUCCCAGCAGUGAGUGUUCCGGGGCGGCUGACACUGGGUUGCAGGAGCAGCGACAGGACGCGUGCGAGUGCGAGUGCGAGUGCGAUGCGACGCGCGUGAGGCAUGGGGUCGCGCGGCGGCGGCACGGCGCGCUCGCGGCAGGACGCGCAGCGCGCGCUCGACGAGUUCGACGAGCUGGCGGGGCUGCGGGGCGGCGGCGGGGAGGCGGGCGACGCGCGCACGGUCUACGUGCUGGAGCACCUCGCCACCUUCACCGUCACCAGGGAGACCGGCAUCGUCUACCCCGCAGACGGCAUGCGCAGGCUGCUACAGCUAGAGAAAACCAACGGAAUAUGGAGCCAAAAGAUGCAACUAUGCUUGGAGGGCCAGUGGGUGCUGGUAAUGGACUACGAGACAGGGUCGAUCAUGGAGCGGUUCCCGGCGUCGUGGGUGCACUCGCCGACCGCCUUCACGUCGCCGGAGCCCGCUGAGCUGUACAACAACGUGCUCGCGUUCGUGGUGGGCGCGGCGGCGGAGGGUGGCGCCGGGGGUGCGGGUGGCGGCGGGGCGGGGGGCGCGGCGCCUCGCCGGGAGCUGCACAUCUUCCAGUGCCACGACGUGAGCGCGCAGGCGCUGGUGGAGGAGCUCAACGCACUCAAGGGGGUGAGCGGCGGCGGCGCGGGGGAGGGGGCGCGCGACUUCGUCAUCGAGCGCGAGCGGGAGCGCGAGCGGGAGAAUGACGCCGAGCGCCCGCGCAGACAGCAAAUGUCGGCGCAGCUGGGGCGCAGCGAGCGCGGCGGGUCGGGCGGCGAGCGCGACGACGCGUCGUCCACGGGCUCGGAGCGGCUGUACGAGCAGGACAUCGCCAUCCUCAACCGCUGCUUCGACGACAUCGAGAAGUUCAUCGCGCGGCUGCAGCACGCGGCGGCGGCGCAGCGCGAGCUGGAGCGGCGGCGGCGCUCGCGCGGGCGGCGCGCGGGCGGCGCGGGCGCGGGCGAGGGCAUGCUGGCGCUGCGCACGCGCCCGCCGCCCGAGCGCGACUUCGUCGACGUGCUGCAGAAGUUCAAGCUGUCGUUCAACCUGCUGGCGCGGCUGCGCGCGCACAUCCACGACCCCAACGCGCCGGAGCUGGUGCACUUCCUGUUCACGCCGCUGGCGCUGAUCGUGGACGCGGCGCAGGACGCGGCGGACGGGCGGCUGCCGGCGCGCGUGGUGCAGCCGCUGCUGACGCGCGACGCGCUCAACCUGCUCGCCAACUGCGUCACCAGCAAGGAGACCGAGCUGUGGCACUCGCUGGGCGACGCCUGGCUCAUCCCCAGGGAGCAGUGGAAGACGGCCAUCCCGCCCUACCAGCCCGUGUUCAUGGACGGCUGGAGCCCUGACUACCAGGUGGACGACCAGCCGCUGCGCAGGUCGUCGCCGCGGCGCAGCUCGGGCGAGCGCGGCGGGGAGGCGGGCGCGCGGGGGGCGGACGCCUACGAGCGCUACGAGCGCGACGAGCCCGACCUCUACGCCGACCAGUACGCGCCCUACGCCAGCAGGAACAUGCGCGCGCAGGGUCGCGAGGACUCGGGCAGCGCGGCGUCGUCGCCGGACCGCGAGCCGUACCGCGCCGACCGGGACGAGGACGACCUGGGCGAGGCGUGGGCGCGCGGUGUGAUGGCGCGCGGCGGGCGCGUGGUGCGCGUCACCUACCCGCGCACCGCCAACAACGACAAGGAGCUCACCGUCGUGCGCGGAGAGUACCUCGAGGUGCUGGACGACUCGCGCAAGUGGUGGAAGGCGCGCAACCGGCGCGGCGUGACGGCGCACGUGCCGCACACCAUCGUGGCGCCCGCCGCGUCGCCGCCCGCCUCGCCGCACCUCUACCCCAACCCCAUCUACACGCACUACCAGGAAGGCGCCGGUGGAAGAGGCUCCGGCGGCAGCAGCCCCACGGGCCCCGCGGAGCGGUCGGCGCCCCCGCCCCCGCCGCCGCCGCCGCCGCCCCCCGCGCCCCCCGCCGACCCGCCGCGCACCUCCACCGACACCAUCAAGUCUACUCGGUCGAUGGUGAGCUCGGGCGGCGGAGACCUGCAGGAGGAGCUGAAGAUGGUGCUGCCCGCCAUCCAGCAGCGCAAGAACAAGCUCGACAUCAAGAAGACGCCCGACAUCUUCAUCGACCAGAAGUCGAACCCGGACGAGGUGGCGGAGUGGCUGGAGGCGAAGGGGUUCAGCGCGAGCACGCGGCGCGCGCUGCGCAUGCCCGGCCACCAGCUGUUCGCGCUGACGCGGCCGCAGCUGGAGCAGGCGCUCGGCGCCGACGAGGGCAAGCGCCUCUACAGCCAGAUCCUCGUGCAGCGGAACGUCUCGGGGUACAAGACGACGUCGGCGUCGGAGCUGCAGAGCAUCCUGCGCAAGGCGCGCGAGAAGGUGGAGGUGUCGUGAGCACGCACACUCGCGCGCUGCAGUGUGCGCACGCGCCGCACGCACACACCGACAGCGACGACGUCUCCACCUGCUGACAUAGUGCAGGGAAUGUGCAAUAUAACCACCACGAGGUUGUACAUUUCGAUAGACUAUUUAUUAUAAGGGGUGAAUGUUUUCAUACUAUUACAGUUAAGUGAAACUACGGUAAAUUAUUUAUAGAUGUAUAAGUUUUAUAAUAUUUCUAAAUUAAAUUAUAUUAAAAUAUUUAUUUAAUUAAAUAAUAUUUUUUUUGUUAA